AUGGGCAAGACGACCAGCUAUGUUGGCCACAACCGUAUUCUCCCCUGCGUCCUCACCUUGGCUGCAUUCGCCUCAGCUGUACCGACGCCAAUCUUAAGCCUCUCUACGAACUUCCUCGCCUCAGUGAUUUCAUACCAUGGGACGACUCCUCUGCUAUACGGGGCCCUGGAAUGUGGCAACCUCGACAAGGACGGUUCCUGGGACGAAUCUCACAACAAAUUGAUUCUCACUAAUGCGCAUUACUUGUGCAUGUUCCUUGAACACGUCCAGGCGCUGCCCUUGGUAUUCGAACGGCUGUGCCUCUGCGUGGCAGAGACGCAACGUCUGGCACUCGAGCUUCAGGCUAUCAUGGAUUACAUCCUUGUUUAUCGACCCCGCAUGACUGGACUCGCAGAACGACCCAGUGAGGAGGGAACCGGAGGGUCCGAGAGUCUGGUUGGAGCCUUUACCAUGAAUCCUACCGUCGCCCAGGAAUUCUGUCGAGCAGGCAUUCCCGUCUGGUUCAUACAUCCUCUGAAUAUGGCGGGAAAGGUACGCAUUGACUCGGUGGAACCCAUUCAAGAGCCGCACCAUCUAAACAUCCCCUCAUCCUCCUGCCGGCUGGUCAUUCGUUCUAUUCACGUUGGAGCUGCCACAGACGAAGAAAAGUACAAAGCAAUAGAACGUUUCACCCGCUCGCACCUAAAUGCACCCAAUCCUUUUAACCUGGCGCUACCUCAGAACGCCGUCGAGCCGGAGCCUGCUCCCUCGACUGCCGACCAAGCGCGAUACCGUCCUUAUAAACGCCCCGAACUAUCUCGUCGUGGCAAACAAAAGCCAGCUUCAAUGCUGCUGACCGGUACAGUGAAGAAGUUCGACGUGGUGCAGCAUCCCUUACUUCCGCCGUUGGUUGACACAUGGCUACACGGUCUGCUCAGCGUCAACGCCGACAAGUCCUGCCCUCCUUGCGCCGCCUUUGGGUACGCCUUACCUCGACCCGAUCUUUUCGUCACCGUCAAAUCAGCGGAGAAGCUUACCCUCAUGAUAACCUCAUGGUUGCGGCUGCGGCAAGGCCUUCUCGCUCGAUUGCAGGUUCACUUUAGUCCAGAGGUCAAGAACCAUCAGAUGUGGCGAACCAUCCUUCAGAUGGACUGGCUACACCCCCAAACAGGCGCGUCAGGCGCACGUGGAGAACAAAGUCGGCGUGACCAAGUGAUAGCAUUUCUCAAUGGCUGUCACGCAGAGUUAACUGUGGAUACCACCCUAUCCACUGAGGGUUGUUGGGGCCACAAGAGUAGCUCUGCACUUGGGAAUGAUGAUGUGCGAGAGAUCCUGUGGGAACUGGCCGAAACCAACUUUCGCCUUGAAUUUUCAGCGCUCGACCAGAAGCUUUCUCUGAAGACUGAUGCACAUCACUGCAAGCUCGUGGGCGAGUGUUUUCCGUAUGGACAAUGGAAUCUGUUGCAUUGCAUUGACCUCGGGAGCGUGAACUGGGGCCUGGUGCACUCCAAUUGGAUGCAGCGUGCACCCUAUGUCUUCUCCAUGCGUCGUUGCAUGCAGGACUGGCGCGGCUGUCCAACAUCGCUUUCGUCGGACAAGUCUAAGUAUUCAGAGGCAGACGUGGUGCAGAUCGAGAAAGAUAUGGCCUCCUUUUACUGCGAAACGUUCUUCAUGACUUUUGGACGGGUGCCCAUUCUACCGAGACGAUUACCUCGCACGCCCCUCGUCCCCUUCAUACCUGAAGCACGCAAGCUUUAUUUCGCCCAGGAAUCGGGGUAUAUCCUGGACGUCACGAAAUGGGAAUAG